AAAAGAACUCCAGAUUUUGAAAGAAGUCUUACUGAUGUGGGGUGAAGAAAUGAGGGAGCUGGAGAUCAUAUUCAAGGACGGCAAUGCUCGUGGAGAAGAUCAGGCUGAUCAAUCUUCUUUUAUCAAUGGUGAAAACCCAUUUCCAGAUGCUUUCUUCGGGGUUGCUACUGUUUGGAUGUACAACUUUGAUCGUUCGAAUGAAGUGCAAUUUGCAUUAGCGUCACGUUUUGUGAAACACGGAACAGUGAUUGACAAGCUCAUGAUAGAGACAUCAUCGUACCCUCCAAUGAAGAGGCUAUUAACUGAAGGAAAAGUAGCCCAGCUAAGGCAACUUUGUGACUAUGGUUUAAGUAUUGAAUCUUUCUGAUCGAUCAUGAGUUCUGGUUCCAAAUCUAUCCCAUUCAUACCCUUUCCCCUUUAUUACUUUUGAGGAUUAUCUUGUGUUUUUUAUAUAUAUUUCAAGAACUGUUUUUUUUUUUAUUUGGUCUUUUAAUAUUUUGAGAGAUUUGGAUAUUUAAGGUUUGAUAUUGUAUUGAACUAUUGAUUUGGAUAUU